AUAAUCGAAUGUCGAAUAUUUUUUAAAUCAUUUCAAUAAACUCGAUAAUCUCUGACGUUCCGUCAUGAAUCCAAUUUGGAAUCCCGAAUUCCAUCAAUUUAUGAUGAAUAAUCAACAAAGAGCUCAAGCUGGUGGAAAUCGACAAUUUCAAGCAGUUCAACCGCAAAUUAGACAAAAUCAAGUCGUGGACAGAAACAUACAGCCCCCCCGACGUCACAAUGCUCCGGCUCCGAAUCAAAAUCGUAGAAACCACCAGCAACGUCAUAACAAUAUGAAUAUGCCAAGAAGAGGCAAUCUUAAUAUUCAGAGAGAUGUAAUGUCAAGAGAUGAACUGGAAAGAAUUGAGACAAUGACACGUAAGAAUUAUCAAACAAGAACUGCUGUAGAGUACGAUAAUCGAGAGAAUCAAUGUUGGACAAAUAUUUUAGAAAACAUUGAGCAACAAACGCAUCAAUUCUCGCAUUCCACGUCUGAUCAUAAUUUCAAUGGCGGCGAUAUUUUCAUUCCAAACGAGGAGAGCAUCCGUUCGACACUUCGUGCUGAAAAUCAAGCUGAAACAAUUCUGGCGACACGAGACUUGCUUCUUAAUUUCGGUGCCACGGAGCAAGAGUUGAGCGGAGCGCUUGCCACGUUGGAAAUUCACUUGAGAACCAACGCGGCUGAAUUCAAUACUAUUGAUGAUCUAUCCAACGAACUAAUUAAAACUGCCGGACAAUUGACGACGGAAAUCGACGAACUUGAUGAUAUUUUAAGCCGCAUUGAUAGACUUCGUAUUCAGAAAUAGAUGACUACAUAAAUUCGAACUUGACUUGUAUGUGUGUGUUCUAUAAAGAUUCUACAAUGAUAAUCAUUU